GACCCAAAUAGACAAGUAUGUAUCAAGUACACCCACCACUUGCGCAGGUUUAUCCGCCGCGUGUGUCUUAUACACAUAGAUCCUCCUUCCACGAAUCCAAACGAAUUUCCGUGCUGUCCUACUUCAAAUGGACUACCAUCCAACUCACAAUCCAAUCUUUCCUUAAACAAACACCCUUUUGCAUCGUCAUGAUGGAUAAUAUCAUACAUAUCUAUCUUGAUCUUCCGUAACAGUAACGAUCAUCAUUCUUAAUCAAUAAUUCACAUUCACAUUUCAUCAAACAAUACAUGUGCAACAAACUAAGGUGAACGAACCAACAUCAAGCACCAUCAUCAUCGAAAUCAGAAACCAGAAACCAGAAACCAGAGAUCAAUCAAUGGAUUGUGUUUCUGAUAAUGUUGUGAUCGAGCACAAGGCCUACGCGAGGGUGGGUUUGCUCGGAAACCCAAGCGAUGUCUACUACGGCAACACGAUCUCCUUAAACAUUGCCAACUUCUACGCCACCGUCAAGCUCGUUCCAUCCAAGGACCUCUUCAUUCAGCCACACCCCAUUCACGAUCUCGUUCAUUUCGAAUCGCUUCGUCAAAUGGUGGGAAGGGUUAACAGCGAUGGUUACUAUGGUGGUGUGCGGUUGCUCAUGGCGAUUUGCAAAGUUUUUCACAAUUAUUGUAAAGAGAAGAGUAUUGCCCUUCAUGAUAGGAAUUUUACCCUCUCGUAUGAUACUAAUAUCCCUCGCCAGAGUGGACUUUCGGGUUCUAGUGGGAUUGUAUGUGCUGCCUUGAACUGCUUUCUUGAUUUCUACAAUGUCAGGCAUCUGAUCAAGGUGGAAGAAAGGCCUAACCUUAUCCUUGCAGCUGAGGGAGAGCUUGGAAUUGUUGCUGGUCUUCAAGAUCGGGUAGUGCAAGUUUAUGGCGGCCUAGUUUACAUGGACUUCAGCAGGGAAAUCAUGGAUAAGAAGGGGCAUGGAAUUUAUAUACCCAUGGAUUUGAGCCUUCUCCCACCUCUGUAUCUCAUAUAUGCAGUAAAUCCUAGUGAUUCUGGGAAGGUUCAUAGCAAAGUACGGCAAAGGUGGCUUGAUGGUGAUAAGUUCAUCGUGUCAUCAAUGCUUGAAGUUGCAAAUAUUGCAAAAGAAGGAAAGACAGCAUUAGAAGAAAAGGACUAUUCCAAAUUUGCAGCUCUCAUGAAUCGAAAUUUUGAGCUACGAAGGUUAAUGUUUGGAGAUGAGGCCCUUGGUGAUGUGAACAUAAAAAUGGUAGAGGUUGCUAGAAAGGUUGGAGCUGCAUCUAAAUUUACAGGCAGUGGAGGAGCCGUGGUCGCAUUUUGUCCUGAGGGGACUUCUCAAGUGAAGCGUCUAGAGGAUGAAUGUCACAAAGCAGGAUUUGAGAUGGAACUUCUUGAACCUUUUCCUUCUCGCCUAAAUGAAUUUGACUUAAAAACCUUGCGGAUGAAGUAAUUACUGAUAUGAGGGUUUGAAUUAUCGAGAAACAUUUUCAUUUCAUAGACAAGUAAGAAUUUCAAGUUGUGAUUCAUGCUUUUUAUUGAUGAAUUUGAAAGAAAAGAAGUAUGAUUGAUUUUGUCUUAA